AUGACAUUAUCAGACGACUACUACACAGUGUCUAUUGAUAAUGGCCCUGAGAAAUUCACCAUCAACAAACAAUACAAAGUCAUUCGAAAGAUUGGUUCGGGUUCCUACGGUUCAGUCUGCAGUGCCCUUGAUGUGCAGACAAAUGAAGUGGUUGCUAUCAAGAAAUGCCGCCAUGUGUUUGAUAAAAAGCUGAUUACAAAGCGCUGCUUACGAGAAAUUAAGGUAUUGCAGCAUUUUAAUGGACAUCCCCGUAUCAUUGACUUGAAGGCGUUGGACAUUGUCGAUCCUCGAAAUUUCAAUGAAGUCUACCUGAUACAAUCUUGUUGCGACACGACCAUGGCCGAUAUCAUUCACUCUAAAUUAGAAUUGGAGCCUGUGCAUUAUCAGUGGUUCAUGUACCAGCUCUUUUCAGGCCUCAAGUACAUUCAUAGCGCCAACGUGCUGCAUAGAGAUCUGAAGCCUGCGAAUAUUUUGGUGAAUGAAAAUUGUGAUUUACGGAUUUGUGAUUUUGGCAUGGCAAGAGGAUUUGCAAGAUCCAAUGCGCAGAUAGAAUCGCAAUACAUGACACACUAUGUGGUAACAAGAUGGUACAGAUCGCCAGAAAUCAUGCUGAGCCGCAAAACCUAUGAUAAACCAAUUGACAUAUGGUCCGUGGGCUGUAUUUUGGCUGAACUACUAGGUCGAAAAGUGCUUUUUAGAGGUACCGACUAUGUGGAUCAACUGCACAAAAUCGUAGGCAUACUUGGAUUGCCCAAAGAUACAUCUUUUUGGGAUAGCUCAUCAUCUGUGACAGAAUACAUUCGUAAUUUGCGCGAUGAGAGUGGACUCCCUCCCCCAGAAGAGCCCAUCGAUUUCAGCACGUUGUUUCCCAAUGCACCACCAGAAGCCAUUCACCUCCUCGAAAACCUGCUGACACUGGAUCCCUCAAAACGAUUGACCGCCAACGAAGCAUUAGAGCAUCCAUUUGUAGCUCCUGUCAGAGAUCCAGCAGAAGAGAUUGAAUGCGCAACUCUGUUUGAUUUUGAGAGCUUUGAAAUGAUUGAAAGCGAACAUGUGUUACGACAAUGUAUUAUCGAGGAAGUGAUGCAUAGUAAAGGCACUGAUGUUAGCUCGCAUUCACCCCUUCAUCGCACCAGCACAGCGUCAUCGCAUCAAACAAGCCGUCGUUAUACUGGAAGCUCGAUAUCGACACCAUCCUCUGCAUUCACCACAGAAGCGAAUUUGAACGCAAUUCAGCUUGCUCAACAGGGCAAAGAUGUCACUAUGGCUGGUAGCACGACAGGCAAUGAACAGCUGCAAUUCAUGGUGAUGAGUGACCAGUUUGUGGGAGAGCCAGAGGACAUGGAUGAAGAUGAUAUCAAGAUGAUGGACAGUGAUGAAAGCGACAUCCAUGUAGGUAAAAGACGCACCCUGCGUGGGCCUUCCAAUGCUGAUUUCCAAGCCUUGGAGCGUCAUUUGAGCAAGGAUUGGUAG